AAGCAUCGGAAGUGAGAGAGUCGCUGCUUGUUGGUUUGGCGCCGGUGGAGGGAGUCAUUCCUGCAGCUGCACUUCCGGUCGGCAUUUUGUUCUGCGAGAGGGAGAGAGAGUCUGAGUGGACCCUUUUGAUCCCCGCGUCAGUCGUCAUAAUUUUCCAAAAUCGGGCGAAAUAUACAAACAUUUUCCUUUGGUGUCGGUGUAAAACCGGCGAAAAGACCGGACGAUCGAAUGUUCCCCCAGUUACACCCGUUCAAGCCUACAUGUUUGCAGUGAGACGGAAGAAGAACGAACCUCCCCGACCCGGAUUAUUGUUGUUAGCUAGCUAGCCAGCUAGCUAACCAGCUAUCUACAUUAUUUCUACGGAGGAGCUGUGAGAAAGAGAGGGGGAGCCAGAGAUACAGACCCGGACCGUUUACAAGAUUUUUUAUUUUCCUUUUUUAAACAAAAUAUCUUGAGCAUUAAGGAGAUGUGAAGGACGGUCGGACGGCGGCGACACUGAGCAACCUGUGCAUCGACACAACCUCCCGCCCCCACCUUCAGCAUGAAUGGGGAUAUGCCUCAUGUUCCCAUCACCACUCUCGCUGGGAUCGCUAGCCUCACCGACCUGUUAAACCAGCUGCCCCUGCCCUCCCCUCUCCCUGCCACCACCACUAAGAGCCUGCUGUACAAUGGGAGGAUCGCGGAGGAGGUCAACUGCCUGCUGGCCUGCCGGGACGAGACUCUGGUGUCCCAGCUGGCCCACAGCCUCAACCAGGUCUCCACCGAGCACAUAGAGCUGAAGGACAACCUGGGCAGCGAUGAGCCCGAGGGCGACGUUCCGGUGCUGCUGCAGACGGUGCUGUCCAGGAACCCCAACAUCUUCAGGGAGAAAAGUAUAAUGCAGCAACCAAUGAUGCCACAGUACAAAAUUACCCAGAAUUCCAUGCAUGGCAGUCCAGCAUCAACGAAUUACCAGCAAGCCACCAUCUCUCACAGCCCUUCCAGCCGCUUCGCCCCCCCGCAGACGAGUUCGGGCAACAGGUUCAUGCCCCAGCAGAACAGCCCGGUGCCCAGCCCCUACGCCCCACAGAGCCCGGCCGGGUACAUGCAGUACCCCCACCCGCCCAGCUACUCCCAGCACCAACAGAUCCAGCAAGAGCUUCACGGCUCCCCCCUCGUUUCGGCACCGCCUUAUUCAGGAAGCCCCCAGCGGCCGGUGCAGCCCUGCUUGGUGGGGCAGACCCAGCCCUCCCCCCAGCAGAACCCCUCCACCCCAACGUUAGUGUCCGUAGCGAGCCCCAUGGUGCCAGGCGGCAUGAGGAACAUCCACGAGAACAAGGUCUCCGGGCAGAUGUCCAGCAACUCGGCCAAUCACCACGCAGACAGACACGGCUCCAACGAAGAGUACAUGAACAUCGUUCACAGACUAGGAAGUGAGGAGAACGACCCAUCCAUGAGGAACGCCUCCUUCCCCCUGAGGUCCCCGCAGUCUGUCUGCUCCCCGGCCGGCAGCGACGGGACCCCCAAAGGGCCUCGCCCCCCGCUGAUCCUCCAGUCCCCGCCCCCUUACACCUCUCCCCGGGACGGGCCCCCAGACCUCCUCCUGGACUCCCCCGAACACAAGAAGAAGCAGAAGAAGAUGAAGCUGGGCAAGGACGAGAAGGACCCUACAGACAAGUCGGCCAUGUACGACAUCGUGAGCUCGCCCUCCAAGGACUCCACCAAGCUGACGCUGCGCCUGUCCCGGGUCAAGUCCUCGGAGACGGACCCGUCGGGCGAGCUCCCGCCCGGCGCCGAGCCCGGCUCGGACCCGGAGCCCGGCGAGCUGGCCUACAACAGCCUGCAGUACCCCGGGGGCCAGCCGCCGCGCACGCCCCAGGACCACGCCCUGCGCCCCGGCCCCGCCCCGUGCCUGGCCCCCGGCGAGCAGGCGGGGUACCUGCAGCCCCAGCAGGUCCCCGUGCUCCAGAACACGGGCGCGGCCGCCAAGCAGCCGGGCCCGGGCGGGGCGCCCCUGUCGGCCGGCACCACGCCCUACGACGAGGUGGAGAUGGACGCGCUGGCCGAGAUCGAGAGGAUAGAGCGCGAGUCGGCCAUCGAGAGGGAGCGCUGCUCCAAGGAGGUGCAGGACAAAGACAAGCCGCUGAAGAAGCGGAAGCAGGACUCGUACCCGCAGGAGCCGGGUGCGGGCGGGACGGCGGGGGCCAGCGGCGGGCCGGGCGGCGGGCCGGGGGGCGGCGGGAACGCGGGGAACCGGGCGGCGCCGCAGGAGGCCAGCGCGGCGGGGAACUGCGCCAGCCGCCCCGCGCUGAUGGUGAGCAUCGACCUGCAGCACGCGGGACGGGCCGAGGGCCCGCUGGACCCCUGCACGGCCGCGCCCAUGCCCGCCCUGGAGGCCCAGCGCUGGCCCGAGGAGCCGCGCGAGGGCCCGGCCGCCGAGGGCUCCGACUCCGCCGGCGUGCUGCGGCUCAAGCCCGACGAGGCGGCCCGCCGCCGGGCCGACGGAGAGGUGCAGCGGGCCGCCGACCGCCGCCCCGACGUCAUCAAGCAGCGGCCGGACACGCCCAAGAAGACCGCGCCCGACGCGCCCCGGCCCAAGGGCGCCGACGGGCACAAGCACGAGCACCGGCGCGACCCCUCGGGCAAGCCGCUGAGCGCCGAGCGGCGGGCCGACCCCUCCAAGCACCGGCACGACGGCAAGCCCGACCCCGGCAAGCCCCGCCCCGACGGGAGGGGCCAGGACGGCCGCCCCUCCUCCUCCUCCCGGCGGGACGGGCACGACGGGCACCGGGACGACCGGCACAGGAGCGCCGGCGCCGACCCGUCCCGCAUCCGGCGGCCCGAGACGCCCAAGUCCGGCAGGGGGGAGCACGACCCCCGACACGGGCGGGACCGGGACCGGGAGAGGAAGCACCGGUCCCCCGAGGAGCGCUCGCGCCCGGACAGCCCGCGGGUGAAGCAGGGCGGGCUGGACCCCAGCGGCCGGCCCCGCUCCGACCGGCCCGGCUUCAAGCCGCCCGGCGCCGACGGCGCCCGACACCGGCCCGAGGCCCACAAGCUCCCGGCGCCGGACGGGAAGCCCGGCGUCUUCCCCUCCUACCUCCUGGGGCACAAGACCGGGGCGCUGAAGGACUUUGUGAUCCCCAAGCUGAAGCGGGACAAGGACGCCAACGCGGCGGUGGACCUGCGCGCGCUGGAGGGCUGGAGCGAGCCGCGCGUGAAGCUGGAGCGCAUCGGCCUGGUGGAGGACCUCAACAAGGGCGCCAAGCCCGUGGUGGUGCUGCAGAAGCUGACGCUGGACGAGGUGCAGAAGUUCAUCAGGGACAAGGAGGACCGGAACGCGCGCAGCUCCAAGUCCGGCAAGAACAGGCUGUCCUCAGGGAAGAUGGGAAAAGGCGGGAUCGACCAGUCGGUGCUGAAGGAGCUGCCCCCGGAGCUGCUGGCCGAGAUCGAGUCCACCAUGCCCCUGUGCGAGCGCGUCAAGAUGAACAAGCGCAAGCGCAGCACGGUCAACGAGCGGCCCAAGUACGCCGAGGUCAGCUCCGACGAGGAGAGCGACACGGCUGAGUCCGCUCGGAAGCGGCACAAGAAGGACCGGGACAAGGCGUGGGAGUUCGAGGAGCGGGAGCGGCGGGGGUCCGGGGAGCACCGGAAGGGCGCGAUCGAGGGCCGCCGGGGGUCCGGCAGCCGGUACCGGGAGCGCAGUCCAGAGUACUCCGACGAGGAGUCGCCCCAGCCCAGCUUCACCGACAUUGCCAAGAAACUGCGGAAGAAGGAGAAGCAGAAGAGGAGGAAAGCGUACGAGCCGAAGCUCACGCCUGAAGAAAUGAUGGACUCUUCAACAUUCAAGAGGUUCUCCGCCAGUGUGGACAACAUCCUGGAGAACUUGGAAGACAUGGACUUCACUGCCUUGGCAGACGACGACGAGAUCCCUCAGGAGCUGUUGCUGGGGAAACACCAGCUGAAUGAGCUGGGCAGCGAGUCGGCCAAGAUCAAGGCCAUGGGCAUCACCUGCAGGCUUCCAUCCGACAAGCUGGUGAAGGUGCUGAACAUCCUGGAGAAGAACAUUCAGGACGGCUCCAAGCUGUCCACCCUCAUGAACCAUGACAACGACACGGAGGACGAGGAGCGGCUUUGGCGGGACCUGAUCAUGGAGCGGGUGACCAAGUCGGCAGACGCCUGCCUGACGGCGCUGAACAUGAUGACGUCGGUGCACAUGCCCAAGGCCGUGUACAUCGAGGACGUGAUCGAGAGGGUGCUGCAGUACACCAAGUUCCACCUGCAGAACACCCUGUACCCGCAGUACGACCCCGUCUACCGGGUGGACCCCCACGGAGGUGGCGUACUGAGCUCCAAGGCGAAGCGAGCCAAGUGCUCCACCCACAAGCAGCGGGUCAUCAUCAUGCUGUACAACAAGGUGUGCGACAUCGUCAGCAACAUCUCCGAGCUGCUGGAGAUCCAGCUGCUGACGGACACUACUAUCCUCCAGGUAUCCUCCAUGGGCAUCACGCCCUUCUUUGUGGAGAACGUCAGCGAGCUGCAGCUGUGCGGCAUCAAGCUGGUGACCGCGGUGUUCUCACGGUACGAGAAGCACAGGCAGCUGAUCCUGGAAGAGAUCUUCACCUCUCUGGCCCGGCUGCCUACCAGCAAACGCAGCCUCAGGAACUUCAGGCUGAACAGCACUGAUGUGGACGGCGAGCCCAUGUACAUUCAGAUGGUGACCGCCCUGGUGCUGCAGCUCAUCCAGUGCGUGGUCCACCUGCCCUCGGACAAGGACUGCUCUGAGGACCAGUACGACAACAAGAUUGAUCAUGACGUCCUGAUCACAAACUCCUACGAGACGGCAAUGAGGACCGCUCAGAACUUCCUGUCCGUGUUUCUCAAGAAGUGCGGCAGCAAGCAGGGCGAGGAAGACUACCGGCCGCUCUUCGAGAACUUCGUGCAGGACCUGCUGUCCACGGUCAACAAGCCCGAGUGGCCGGCUGCCGAGCUGCUGCUCAGCCUGCUGGGAAGACUGCUGGUGCACCAGUUCAGUAACAAGCAGACGGAGAUGGCGCUGAGGGUGGCCUCCCUGGACUACCUGGGCACCGUGGCGGCCCGACUCCGCAAAGACGCCGUCACCAGCAAGAUGGACCAGCGCUCCAUCGACCGCAUUCUCAAGGAUAACCCGGGCAGCGACGAGACGCAGCAGCUGCAGAAGACCCUGCUGGACUACAUGGAGGAGAACGCCGAGACCGACCCCUCGCUCGUCUUUGCGCGGAAGUUCUACAUCGCGCAGUGGUUCAGGGACACCACCACGGAGACGGAGAAGGCCAUGAAGUCUCAGAACCAGAAGGACGAGGACUCGUCGGACGGGCCGCACCACGCCAAGGACCUGGAGUCCACCGGCGAGAUCAUGCAGAAGGCCGAGGCCCGGAAGAAGUUCCUGCGCUCCAUCAUCAAGAGCACGCCCGCGCAGUUCAGCACCCUCAGAAUGAACAACGACACGGUGGACUACGAGGACUCCUGCCUGAUCGUCCGCUAUCUGGCCUCUAUGAGGCCUUUCGCACAGAGCUUUGAUAUUUAUUUAACGCAGAUCCUGAGGGUGCUGGGGGAGAGUGCCAUCGCUGUCAGGACUAAAGCCAUGAAGUGUCUCUCUGAGGUGGUGGCUGUGGACCCCAGCAUCCUGGCCCGGUCGGACAUGCAGCGUGGGGUGCACGGGCGGCUGAUGGAUAACUCCACCAGCGUGCGGGAGGCCGCCGUCGAGCUGCUGGGCCGCUUCGUGCUGAGCAGACCCCAGCUGACCGAGCAGUACUACGACAUGCUCAUCGAGAGGAUCCUGGACACGGGCAUCAGCGUGAGGAAGAGGGUGAUAAAGAUCCUGAGAGACAUCUGCCUGGAGCAGCCCACCUUCCCCAAGAUCACCGAGAUGUGCGUCAAGAUGAUCCGCCGCGUCAACGAUGAGGAAGGCAUCAAGAAACUGGUGAACGAAACAUUCCAGAAGCUGUGGUUCACCCCCACCCCCAAUAACGACAAGGAGGCCAUGACCCGCAAGAUCCUCAACAUCACGGACGUGGUGUCUGCCUGCCGAGAUACCGGUUAUGAUUGGUUCGAACAACUGCUUCAAAAUCUGCUGAAGUCGGAGGAGGACGCCUCCUACAAACCGGCCAAGAAAGCCUGCGUGCAGCUCGUGGACAAUCUGGUGGAGCACAUCCUCAAAUACGAAGAGUCACUCUCGGACACUGAGCACAAGGCUGUGAACUCCACCCGCCUGGUGGCCUGCAUCACCACCCUGUACCUGUUCAGCAAGAUCCGCGCCCAGCUAAUGGUGAAGCACGCCAUGACCAUGCAGCCCUACCUGACCACCAAGUGCAACACCCAGAGUGACUUCAUGGUGAUCUGCAACGUGGCGAAGAUCCUGGAGCUGGUGGUGCCCCUGAUGGAGCACCCGAGCGAGACCUUCCUGACCACCAUAGAGGAAGACCUGAUGAAGCUCAUCAUCAAAUAUGGCAUGACGGUUGUGCAGCACUGUGUGAGCUGCCUCGGGGCAGUGGUCAAUAAGGUCACUCACAACUACAAGUUUGUUUGGGCCUGCUUCAACCGCUACUACGGCGCGCUGACCAAGCUGAAGGUGCAGCACCAGGAGGACCCGAACAGCACGGUUCUGGCCGCCAACAAGCCGGCGCUGCUGCGCUCGCUGUUCACCGUGGGCGCGCUCUGCCGCCACUUCGACUUCGACCUGGAGGAGUUUAAGGGCAGCAACAAGGUAACAGCGUCGAACCCGGUUAUUAUCAAAGACAAGGUUAUGGAGCUGCUGCUGUACUUCACCCGACACGAGGAUGAGGAGGUGAAGACGAAGGCCAUCAUCGGCUUAGGCUUCCUGUUCAUCCAGUACCCGAGCCUGAUGUUCGUCCAGGACGUGAAGGGGCUGUACAACGGCAUCCUGUCGGACCGACGCAGCUCCGUCAACCUGAAGAUCCAGGUGCUGAAGAACCUGCAGACCUACCUGCAGGAGGAGGACUCGCGCAUGCAGGAGGCCGACCGAGAGUGGAAGAAGCUGUCGAAGCAGGAGGACCUGAAGGAGAUGGGGGACAUCUCAUCGGGCAUGAGCAGCUCCAUCAUGCAGCUGUACCUGAAGCAGGUGCUGGAGGCCUUCUUCCACACCCAGUCCAACGUGCGCCACUUCGCCCUCAACGUCAUCGCCCUGACGCUCAACCAGGGGCUCAUCCACCCCGUGCAGUGCGUGCCAUACCUGAUCGCCAUGGGAACGGAUCCAGAGCCCAGCAUGAGGAACAAAGCCGACCAGCAGCUGGUGGAAAUCGACAAGAAGUACACCGGCUUCAUUCAUAUGAAGGCCGUGGCCGGGAUGAAGAUGUCCUACCAGGUGCAGCAGGCCAUCUGGGCCUCGCAGGACGCCAUCAUCCGCGGCUUCCGCCAGGACGAGACGCACACUGCGCUCUGCUCGCACCUCUUCACCAUGGUGCGGGGGAACCGGCAGCACCGCCGCGCCUUCCUCAUCGCGCUGCUCAACCUGUUCGACGACAGUGCCAAGACGGAGGUGAACAUGCUGCUGUACAUCGCAGACAACCUGGCCUGCUUCCCCUUCCAGACGCAGGAGGAGCCGCUCUUCAUCAUGCAUCACAUCGACAUCACGCUGUCCGUGUCCGGCAGCAACCUGCUGCAGUCCUUCAAGGAGUCCCUGCUGAAGACCCCCCGGCAGCGGGAGAAGAAGGUUCGGGAGAGGAGGUACGAAUCUGAGGAGGAGGAGAAGGACGAGGGGGCGAGCAGCAGGGGCAGCAGCGAGGAGGAGGAUGACGAAGAGGUGGUGCGGCGCCGUAAGAAGCCCAAACGGGCGGCGGUCGCGGUCAGCUCCUCGGAGUCCGACUCGGACCUGGAGGUGGAGGACGUGGAGAAGGUGAUGCUGCGUCUCCCGGACAACCACACCCCCCUGCUGGACUUCGCCAACGCCUCCCAGGGCAUCCUCCUCCUGCUGGUGCUGAAACAGCACCUGAAGAACCUCUACGGCUUCUCCGACAGCAAAAUACAGAAGUACUCUCCGACGGAAUCGGCCAAGGUGUACGACAAGGCGGUCAACAGGAAGGGCAACGUGCACUUCAACCCGCGGCAGACGAUAGACUUCCUGUCCAACGACGUGGCCAACGUGGCCCUCACCUACGAGAUCAAGAGGAAGAUCGUCAAGCAGUACCUGGACUUCAAGCUACUGAUGGAGCACUUGGACCCCGAUGAGGAGGACGAGGAAGGGGAGGCGUCGGCCAGCGCCAACGCCCGAAACAAAGCCAUCUCCAACCUGCUGGGGGGCUCCAGCCCCAAGAACCACGCCCCCGACACGGAGGACGACGAGAGCGACGGCGACGAGAAAACGCCGGGGUCUUCGCGGCGGGCCCGGAGGGGCGGGGACUCGGCCGAGGCGUCGGGUCACAUGAACGAGGCGGUGGAGGCCAUGGACGUGAUCGCCAUCUGCUGCCCCAAGUACAAGGACCGGCCGCAGAUCGCCCGCGUGAUCCAGAAGACCAGCAGCGGCUACAGCGUGCACUGGAUGGCCGGGUCCUACUCCGGCACCUGGGCCGAGGCCAAGAAGCGCGACGGGCGCAAACUGGUGCCUUGGGUGGACACGAUCAAGGAGUCGGACAUCAUUUACAAGAAAAUCGCCUUGACCAGUGGCCACAAGCUGACCAACAAAGUGGUGCAGACUUUACGAUCGCUGUACGCAGCCAAGGACGGAACUUCCAGCUAAUGAACUCUGCAGUUUCUCCCGUUCAGCCCCCCCUCCCCUACCCCCCCCCCCCCCCCCCCCCCCCCCCCCACAGCCAAACUUCACUGGGAUCCAACCUUUUUUUAAAAUAAAAAUACAAAACCAACGCGGGCAAAGAGGCGAGUUAUUGAGACACUACAAGAACCCUAAAAUGCAGCAUUCUGGCGUCAGAGCGAGAGCGAGCGAGAGAGAGAGCGAGCGGUUUGUGGAUAUCGGUCGGGCGUACAGAUCCAGGACACAUUUGAGCAACUCUGAAGAGCAAAGAGGAAGAGUGGCGUAAAGGAGAACACAGAAAGCAGAAGGAAAUGUUUGGAAAACAUUGUGUGGGAGUCCCUUCGCUGUUGUGCAGCAGGCCCCUGGCGCUUUCGUUUCUACUCCCACUGUAUCAUAGUUUAACACAAAAAAAACUAAAAUGUUUAUAUCUCGGAGAAAAAAAGAAAAAAGAAAAAAAAUUCUGUUUAAAAAAAAAAAAUAAAACUUAAAAGUGAAUGUUGGAAAUUAGUCUGUUGAUGUUCUUAAUAAAGUGUUCUUGGAGUUUAACCUAGCACCGGAUGGCUUUCUUUAGCUUAGCUCAUUUUUCCUGGGACGCGAUUUUUAUUUUUGUUUACUUUUGUUUGUCCAUGCUGUACAAUGGCAGAGUCUCCUGGAUAUAAUUUAUUCUGUUUUAAAGGAAGCAUGCAGUAUCUGUGGCCUACAUGCAGGAGGGUUUUUUUUUGUAAAUGUAGAUUUUGAUGUAUUAGGUCACCCCACGAAUAAGAGCAAAGGGAUCCCCCACGUCUCUGGCGGAACAAAUACUGCAAUAAAUUUUCUACUUCUCUUUGUUACUUGUCUUGUUUGCGUUUGACUUUUUGUUUUGCUCGUGUGGUUGAUGUUACCUUCCUGAACGUCCUCAGGCGGAGUAAGACAACGUCAACUUGCAUUACGUACCGACCUGUCUCCUUUUCUUUUCCCUUCCUUUCGUUUGUUCGUUUGUUUCUUUUUUUGUUUGUUUUUGGCUUGCUUUGCUUGUUUUUAUUUAGAGGUGACCGUCAUUAAAGAAGCGGGCCGUUGAGCUGAGUCCUGAUCGUUUGUUUUUUACUUGGAGAGGCUCGCUCGUGCGGUGUCUUGUCCGAGAGCGUUUUUGCGUUCUGCGAGGGGAAACGUGCGCGUUUGUUUUUCCCGCCUUUUUUUUCACGUCGUGUCCGGUUUUGAGGCCGCGCUUCUGGAAGCUUCCCUCGGCCGGGACUCGCGGCAGGGCCUGUUCCUCCCGUUCGGCGCAAGCCGCCAUUUUGUCACGUGACGCUCGUUCUCCUCCUCUCGUCGGGCAGUGUCACGUGCGUUACCGUGGAUCCCUUGCCCCGCCCGCACCGCGCUUAUUUCCCCUGGCCAGUCCCGCCCUGCGGUGCGCUCUGGGGGAGUUUGGAGUCCUGGCGCUAACCGCUGGUGCGAUUUACGUUCUGUAUGCAAGAACUGACUCGGCCAGAAUAAAGCCAAGUCCCUCCCCUUCCCAUUUAGCCUAAAAUGAGCUUAAAAUGAGCUCGAGUACAUUUUAUUACACGGGCACAUAGUUACUGUGACACACUUUUACACCACAGCAGAAUUUUUUUAUUUGUUUUUUAUUUUUUUUUCCCCGAAUUGAAAUAUUUCAUGCCAUUAUUUUGUGUGUAAUCUAUGUUCAUCUCAUGUGUACUGAAGGUUUUACGCUGGGUUCUGUGAAUAUUUUCUCCAUCGUAUAGAUUUAUGGCGGGCGGAUUCGUCCUCCUGCUCGUGCACAGUAGCGUGUUAGCUCUAGUGAGAGUAAGUGCAGGGGUACAGAUGCGUUCUCACCGCUGUUCCUGGGUGAAGAGGAGAGAAGAUACACAGGCUUUCUAAAUAUGAAAUGUAUAGCAAAUGAAACACCCUAAGAGAACAAAGCUAGUUAAAAAAAAAAAAAACAAUGCUACGAUGUAAUUAGCUUCAGUAUUGCUCUGAAUUCAGUACUUUUGAACGGGGGUUAAUUAUUGGUUGGGUAUUGCCAACUCACCUUGAUUUAGGAACUUCUGCCUCCUGUUAUUUUUUUCCCUUACCCCCCUGGAAAUGACAACAAAAAUAUUACAACCUCGUUCCUCUCCUGUUUUGAAAAUUGUAAAUAAAUUUACAUCAUUUUUAAGAA